CACCUAUUGUACCUUGGGCCUUAGGAUGAAUUCCAGCUGCUGACUCUGCCACUUUGAUUCAGAAUCAGAAGAGGAGAGAGGCAGAAGCAGAGCACCACAACAUGGCUGGUAAGAUUCAGGCUCUGACUCGGGAGGAGAGAGAACAGCUUCUUCCAAUGCUGCGCAACGCACAGUGGGUGGAAGUGGUGGGUAGAGAUGCCAUCUACAAGGAGUUUAUCUUCAAAGACUUCAACCAGGCCUUUGGGUUCAUGUCUAGAGUAGCACUACAGGCGGAGAAAAUGGAUCAUCACCCUGAGUGGUUCAAUGUUUACAAUAAGGUCCAGAUCACUCUGAGCACACAUGAUUGUGGAGGGCUCUCCCAGCAUGACAUUACUCUUGCCACUUUCAUUGACCAGGUCUCUGUUCUCUGAGGCAGAUCCUCCUCAUUCAUCUUGCCUGUCAGAUUAUGUGACCAGUCUUCACCGGUCACAACCCUCAAACUAUUGUGUUAGAAGUAUUCCCUGUCUUGGGUGCCCAGACACAGACUAAGCCCAGACUUGGAGCAAGUAGCAUUGAUUUCCCACUGAAAACUGCUUAUUGCCUGUUACAGUCAUAUAGUCACUAGCAGGAAUGAAAACCUGUAAAAUCCUCCCACAGCUGUGAGACAAGUAUCUACAUAACUACAGAUCGCUAGGGAAAUACAGAAACACUAAAGUGAUUUCUAGCUCUUAACUCAGUAUCCGCUUUCCUUAAAAGUAUUGUGCCUUUAUUUUCUAUUUGGUGUACACGGAGCUGUGUAUGGUUACAUUUUCUCAACUCUCAACACUUGAUUGUGAUAGCAAAGUGAAAUACUGAAAAAUAAAGUGGAUAAAGUUUGAAA